AUGGACAUGUCAAGCAUGGAUAUGGGCGGUAUGUCCACGGGUGCGGGCAUACCGACCUUUUUCCAGUUCCAGCAGUACUACUGGGCCGUCGUUGGGACUGUCAUUGCUAUUGCGACUGUAGCCAAUAUAUUCAAUCUGUUUCUCGCAAAGCAGCGUCUAUUCGAUAAAUCAAUCACACCAGCGCAGCCAAAAUCAAUACUUUUUAAAACAUAUGCAACCAUCACAGCAACUACCAGAGAAGUCGCCAAUGCGGCACUGCAACCCAUCAAACUGGGUGGCUAUACCCUACACCUUGCGCCCAUCGGACCCGUGUCGCUGAUGUUGGCUAACCUGUUGACCAUAUUGACCAUGAUGUUUUAUGGCUUCGAUACUGUCAACUGGGUGAACUGGGAGAACAUCGGCUACCGAGGUGGCUUCAUGACCAUCUGCCAACUACCCUUGGUUAUCCUGCUGGCCGGGAAACAGAACAUCAUUGGGCUAUUCACCGGGAGCAGCCAUGAACAACUUAAUUGGUACCAUCGCUGGGUGUCGCGGACAUUGUGGUUGUCGGCCACAAUUCAUAUGGCCUUCUGGUUCCGAGACUACGGGAAAUUUCAUUACAUUGUGACUAUGAUCAAGACCGAUUACUACACCAAGCAUGGCUUUGCGGCAUGGAUCAUUUUGACUUUUAUUUUCCUCACUUCGUUCGCGCCAGUCCGUCGCUGGAACUACGAGUUUUUCGUCAUUCAACACAUUGUCACCAUGGCCGGUUUCCUUGCCGCGGCGUAUCUGCAUGCUCCGGACGAAGUCAAGUUUUGGAUCUGGAUUCCGAUCGGCUUUGUAUGUUUCGAUAGAUUCGCAAGGAUUCUCGUUCUGGCCUUUGCCAAUUUGUCCAUUAUCCAUUUUUGGUCAAAGAAGCCACGACCGUUUUUUGCCAACCAGGCUACCUUCACACCUCUGCCCGGGAACGUUACACGCAUUACCAUCCAGGAUCCGCUUAUCAACUGGAAACCCGGACAGCAUGCUUUUUUGAGUUGCCACUCGGUGGUACCUCUGCAAAGUCACCCUUUCACAAUCAUGUCACUGCCAUCUGAUAAUAAAGUCGAAUUUCUCGUGCGUGCGGAGAAAGGUGGUACCCGACGGUUCUUCCGGUUUGCCACAAAGCGUAGCGCAUUACUUGGCGAAACGCAAUCGUCAGAUAACAGCAAACGAACAGUAUUUAUAGAAGGACCGUAUGGAUCUCUACGGCCAUUACGUCAAUUCGACAGCGUCAUCCUCCUUGCCGGCGGAAUGGGCUGUACCUACACCCUACCGCUGAUGCGUGAUAUUGUACAUGCAUGGAAACAAGAACCUCAAAGAAGUAUGCGGUUAGCCGCAACGAAACGAAUCCGCUUUGUCUGGGUGAUCAAGUCACGCAGCCAAUUGAGCUGGGUGGAACCAGAGUUGCAAUCUGUGCUGCAAGACUUGCAGAACCUCAGGCAGCAACAUCCGCAUAUUGAUAAAGAGAUAGAGAUGAGUAUAUACUUGACAUGCGAUGAAGCGCUGGAAAAAUCUACGCGCCCAACCACCACAGUGACAGCGCAACGCAGUUUUACAGAGAUUGCAAGAACCGAAGACGUUGACGAAAAGAAGACCUUCGAAACAGAGAAUGUCGUCGUGAGAUCCGUCUCGUCAACAUCCGAGUCAUCGGGCAUCAACGAGCGAUCAGGCUGCGGUGUUACGAGGAAAUGCUGCUGCACGACCACCAUCGAAAACGAAGAUGAUAUCUCAUUCGUACAGAAAUGCAACUGUUCUGGUGCAGCAGGAAAGGAACCACCGUCGAUACCGUCGUCUCCCUCAACUACCUCUCUAGUAGAUAUGAAAGGAUUCAAGACCAUGACCGGUCGACCUCAUCCGCGAUCUAUUAUACAUCAUGUCCUAGAGCAGGCUGAGGGAGAGAGCGCGGUCGUUGUAUGUGGACCGCGAGGACUUGCUGCUGAUGUGCGACAAAGCGUUGUUUCGUUGAGUGAUGAGCGAGCCGUGCAUAAGGGUACGGGCGCGCAGGGUAUAUACCUUCAUGUUGAGAAUUUUGGGUGGUAG